AUUCAAGUUCCACUACCAUCCACUCUGCAUAUACAACGACUGAUUUGGCUGCGUUGUGAUAUUACAACAUAAACUCGCAUACACUCAAGGUAAGGCUUCAGACUUCAGCACUACUGCUUUACUUUAAAGGAAGCGUUUUGAGUCAGUUCACCAUUCACCUGUUGGCCUUCACUAUGCCAUUUACAGGACGACUCAGCUAGCACCUUUCAAUACACAGUACAAUCUAAAAUAAAUGGAGGAAGCAGUACCAUCACUUUCCGAAGGAGUUGUCGGCUCGCGUUUCGUUUCGUCGACUGAUAUCGAAGCAGCCAAAUCACGUCGUGAAGAACAGUGGAAGGCGGCAUAUGCCAGACUUGGCCAGGAGCCUCCAAAAUUGCCGGUAAACGAGGACUCGUACGAUGGCAGGAGCUUAGCUGAGAAACUGGCUGCGAACAGGGCUGCAAAACAAGAGGAAUGGGAGGAAAAGACGAAGCUAGCUAACCAGUUUCGUGCGUUGGAGGAGGACGAAAUCAUGUUCCUAGACUCCCUUCGAGAAAAGCAGAAUGAGGAAGAACGGUUGAGGAAGCAGCAAGAUGGCGAAGAACUAAUGGAUUUCAAAAAAGCUGUCGUUGCACGAGAAAAUGCGAUGAACAAGCCUCAACCAGUUACUACACCAAGCUCUGAACAAUCUCCCAGUCUACCUGCAACUACUAGCAAAAGCAAAAGCGUUCCAGCACCAUCCACGAAGAAAGACACGAAGAAACUGCUGAAAGGCGUACUAGUCAAGAAGAAGGCAAAAGUCACGCCGACCGAGUCUUCAAAUUCACCAUCACAAUCGACAAGUACUAAGGAUGCUGGUUCGAGGCGGUCAGACGAGGGUAGUAGAGACUCUCAGCCAGAAGCUAAGCGACGUAAGCUAGCUUCAUAGUUGCGAUACUUAACAUUAUAUUAUAUGUGUACAUCUAGCGCGAAUGUAUUCAUCUGCACUUCGCAUAUACUGGUGAUGCGGACUCGGUGAGUCCGGGC